AUGGCAUCGCGCAUCUUAUCACCAGCAAGCGGAAUGCUUCGCGCACCAGUAAUGGGAGCUACCAGAGGGUUUUCAAUGAGCGCGAGGAAAGCGGCUCAGAUCACGGAAACUCCUUUGCCAGUUAGGAAGCCGGUUGGGGCCUUUAGAGGAGGAUUGACUGGCUUCUUGCUCGGAUCAACGUUAGCCGGUGCGGGUGUUUACUAUUACAUUCUCGAGGAAUAUAAGGUUAGCAAUGAGUUGUUGACAGAGGAUAUUUAUAGUCUGCAAAAUUCAGUACAGAGAGUUCACACAUAUGUUCAAUCGCUAGAGGAGAAGCUUGCAGAUUUGGAGAAGAAGAAGAAAUAA